AUGCACAAAGGAGUUGUGCCCGGCGGAGUUGUGCCUGGUGGACUUGUGCCAGGUGGAGUUGUACCUGGUGGAGUUGUGCCUGGCGGACUGGGACCUGGUGGAACGGGACUAGUUCCAGGAAGUUCGGCCGCUCUAAAAGCAGCUGCCAAGGCAGCAAAAUAUGCAGCAGCUGGUGGAGGUAGAGGACUUGUGCCUGGAGGAGGGGUUGGCGGCCUAGUCCCUGGCGCUGGUGGUGUUGGCGGCCUUGUUCCUGGCGCUGGUGGCGUUGGCGGCCUGGUUCCUGGUGCCGGUGGCGUUGGAGGCCUAGUACCUGGUGCUGGUGGUGUUGGAGGUCUGGUUCCUGGUGCUGGUGGUGUUGGUGGCUUGGUCCCUGGUGCUGGUGGUGGACUUGUGCCUGGCAUUGGAGGAAUCCCAGGAGCUGGAGGACCUGGUGCAGCUAUAGCAGCGAAAGUAGCUGCUAAAGCAGCCAAAUAUGGCCUCCGUCCUGGAGGUGGUGUCCUUCCUGGAGGUGGUGUCCUUCCUGGAGGUGGUGUCCUUCCUGGAGGUGGCGUCAUACCUGGAGGUGGCGUCCUUCCUGGAGGUGGCGUCGUGCCUGGAGGUGGCGUCAUCCCUGGAGGUGGCGUCGUACCUGGAGCUGGCCGUAUACCUGGGGGCAGACUUCCUGGUGCAGGCAUUCCCAUAAUUGGAGGACAAGGAGGAGUCAAACCACCUAAAUACGGUGUCCCAGGUACUGGAUUGGGUGGAACUGGCGUGGCAGGCGUUGGAGGAGGAUACGGAGUCCCUGGACUGGGAGGAACCGGUUUCGGAGCUGGUGCCGGAGCUGGAGGUCUGAUCCCCGCAACUGGCACUGGCUUUGGAUUAUCUCCUAUUUACCCAGGUGGAGGUGUACCUGGCUAUGGAGGUAAACCUCCCAAGCCUUAUGGAGUCCUGGGGGCACUUGGCUACAAAAGAGGAGUCGGCCGGAAGAGGAAGUAGCCCAGACCGACAGCCUACCAUUCACCUCAUGAACUUUGGUGCUACUGCCUGGUCUCGAAUGUACCCCCACCCCACCCCUGAGAAAAGCAGAGAUUCCACCACCGCCGCUGCCAACACAGCCCCAUGCCUUGCCACCCCCCGGCUGGCCCCCCUCCCUCUCACUGGUGCUACAACCAUCCCACAGGGAGCGUCCCUGCCUUCAGCUCCCUGGGGCCCUUUGGUGCUGCAGCCUAGGAGGGCUGCUUUCAGAGGGGGCGGCCUGAGCACUUUAACCCACUCCUGAUCCCCGCGCCCACAAGUGGGGGGACAGGAGCCGUCGGCCAGCUGGCCCUGCUUCUUCCCUGGUCUCUCUCUGCUGGCUCCUCUUUGGAUCUAAGUGUGUGUGGGGGGACACCCCUCGUUUUGCCGUGAGCCCCAUGCCAGGCCAUUCUUCCCUUCCCCCUGAACACACUGCCUCCGUUUGGAGGGGAGCAGCUCAGGCCAAGCUGUCAGCGCCAAUGGGAUUAGCCUUAAUCCUGGAGCUUCUGCUGGCUGCCAGGCUCGGGUGGAUUAGCACGGCCAGGCCACAGCAUCCGUUCCAUUCCUAACGUGGACGCCGGCAUGACAUCGUACAGCUCCCAAUGAUCGGGCUGGCCAGGGACCCCUGUACAUGACCAGCCAACCUACUCCACAUCUUCAUGUUUAAUCACUUUGGUGUAACUGGGAUGGGACACUUUUUAUAAAGAAGAACAGUAACUGCUUUCCAAAAAAAAAUAAAAUAAAUAAAACCUGACUAAUAAAUAAUGUUUUAAAGGUAAUCUCUCUCUCUCUCUUUCUCUUGUUGCUAUUUUCAGAAAAGAGAUAGGAGCCUUUGACUUACAUCCAUUUCUUUAGCGACUGUUCAAAUUUACGACAGCAUCCAAAAAAAGUUACUUACAACCAGUACUCCUCACCCUUGCAACCAUAGCAGCGUCUCCAUGAGUCACAUGAUCAAAAUUUGGGUGCUGGGCAACCUGCAGGUAUUUACAAGGGUUGCAGCAGCCAACAUAGUCACGUGAUUGCUAUUUGCAGUCCUUCUAGCCGGCUUCCAACAAGCAAAGUCAAUGGGGGAAGUUGGAUUCACUUAACAACUGUGGCAAAAAAGGUAGUAAUAUCAGGUGUAACAACAGAACGCAAUGGAAAUUUUGGUCUCGGUUGUGGUCAGAGGUCGAGGACUACCUGUAUAUUUUCCAAAUGGACUCACUUGAUCAUAUCUGGAUCGAAUUUCCCAAUAUCCCUUGAUAGCAGAAUGCAGUUGCUCCAGCAACCCUGCGGUAUGUUUAGUCCUUGGUCUUAAACAAAGCAAAAACCACCCACACAUAAUAUGAACACAUUUAUCUGUUAUUGUGGCUGAUUUUUUUUAAUAAUUCACAUUCAAGAGUGUAGCUGCUAUUGGAAAUAUUAAUUCCUGCUCUCCUUACUUUCUGCUUCAGUUAACACUGCAACCUUAUUAAUACAGGCAGUCCUUGAAGUACAGCCACAACUGAGUCCAACAUUCCUGUUGCUAAGUGAGGCAUUUUAAGUGAGUUUUGCUGGAUUUUACAACCUUUCUUGCCAUGGUUGUUAAGUGAAUCACUGAAGUUGUUAAGUGAAUCACUAAAGUUGUUAAGUGAAUCUGGCUUCCCCAUUGACUUUACUUGUCAGAAGAUCACAAAAAGGGAUUAUAUGACUCCAGGACACUGCAACUGUCAUAAAUAGGAUUCAGUUGCCAAGCAUCUGAAUUCUCACCAGGGGGGGAUUUGCAACUGUCCUUAAGUGUGAAAAACGGUCAUAGGUUGCUUUUUUUCAGUGCAAUUGUAACUUCAAACAGUCACUAAAUGAAUUGUUGUCAGUUGCGGAGUACCUGUAUCUGAAUACUUAUUAUUAGAGUAAAUUAUUCUACAUGUUUUAGAGCAUGUUUAGCCUAAUUAUCAAACAAUGCAUGUUCUGGGUUAGAAGAAUGUACUGUGCCAAAACCUAACCAAACAGGCAAGGACAUACAUAGCAUUUUUGGCUCAGGUGUUGGGGCCAGAAUGAGUUCGUGCCUGCAGGAUCAUAAUAAAUGUCAUUUCCUUAA